UCAUCUGAAUCGUUGAAUAGCUUUGGGAAUUGUUUUUUCCUUCAAAAGUUGAGAAAAAAUGGGAAUUUAUUACGGCUUGACUGUGAUCCUUGUCACUUUUUUGGGAUUUAUAAUUCAAUGCAACGCUGUGGGAGAUAAUGUUGAAUACUUGCCUGAUUUGCCCGAUGAAUUAAUCGCGGCGAUACUGCACCAAGGUGGUUUGGAAUUAUCGAAAAAAGCAGGACGAUCAAAAGCCCUAAUUCCCGCAUCGAGAAUGGCAAUGAGUAACAUUUUUCGGGACCGAUUACUUUUCAUCGACAGUUACAUGACUAUGAACCGUUCCGAUGAAUCUUAUGAGCGUUAUGAUAAUGAAGACUAUCACUUUCAAUUCGGUAGUCUUGACAGACUUAAUUCACUAUUCGAGACAUUCGGCAAAGAUGCACGGCGAAUUCUGAUAAAUUACCGGUUUAUGGAUGAAACUAUUAGGCGCGAUAUAAAUAAGAAUAUUAUCAAUAAGUAUGCAAACUAUUUUACUCAAUUGAUCAUGAUUGCUCAAAACGAUUCCGGGAUUUGGGAGGAAAUAUCGAAUGAAAAAGGGGUAGUUCAGUUUCCAAACGUGAAAAAGUUCACUUACGGCUGCCAUAUCGCUGACAGCAACAGAACAUCAUUCGAUUUGAAUAAAAUAUUUCCCAAUCUUGAAUCUUUCAAGUUGUUUGGCUCCAUAAAAGACCCAAAUUGCUUAGCAAAUGUCACGAAAUUGACAGAAUUAAGGCUACGCGAUGCUUCCAUAGAAGAGCAUCAUUUACCAGAUAUUUUCGCAAAAAAUAAACAAAUAUCGGAGCUCUCCUUCUCAACUAAAAGUGCGAACACUCUUCGCGCCAUUGCGCAAAAUUUAAAAAACUUGCAAAUACUCAAAAUUAGAAACGCUGGCAGCGAUUUUUUGAUUCGAGCAACAAAUCGACCAGUUUAUAAUCUCACGUCUGUAACCAAUUUCGAUCUAUAUGUUUAUAGCUCAAGCGAAAUAAUAGAAAAUUUGGCAUUUGACAUGCCAAACUUGAAAAAAAUGGUUUUGCGUGUAGUGUUAAUCGAUCCUCAAAUUACGAAUUUCAUCAAUCGUUUCAAGCAUUUGGAAAGUGUGCGAAUUAUCCCAUAUGAUUUAUAUAAUGUCGUUGAAUGCAUAGAAAAAUUGACUCAUGCCAAAGAAUUUACGUCGCCGUUUCUCUGUUCUCAAAUAUCAGAACUAACAAACUUUUUCGAAACUUCAAAAUCCAAUUUGAAGAGAUUAAAGUUGAUAUGCUAUGAUGAAUUCGAAUCUCAUAUUUACGACGAAACAAUGAACGAAAUCAACGAACAUUUAAAAGAAUCUGACAAACCAACAUGGACAGUAUCUGAAGGGAUACAUCAGGAGCUAUUGAUGGGAGGAGAGGAUUUAAAAUAUUUGAUGUUUAAACGUAAUCCAUGAAUUUGAAAGAAUUUCACUAAAAAUAUAUCGAAUUGGCGACGAUUCAAAAUGUUGAAUAAUAAAUUAUGUUUUUCUAUCCAAUUUAUUUUUCACAAG